AUGGAUUGGAAAUUGAAGGAAAAUAAUUUAAAUAAAUUUAAUAAAAAUAUCAUUGAAGAGAAGAGUUAUGUAAAAGAAUUAAAAGCUUUCAAUGAUGAAAAACCUCCCGAUUAUUCGAGUGAUGAGGAUAAAGUUUGUUCCAAGGAUUCGAUUAAAAAGAAUAUUAAAUAUUAUUUACAAAAUACUACGCUACAUGGUUUAAAAUAUAUAGCAGAGGAUAAAAUAACCAUACCAGAAAGAGUUUUCUUUGGUUUGUCCUUUGUUGGUGUGGUUAUAUUAUCUGCCUUUUUUAUUUCAAAUGUCUAUGGCAAAUGGACGGCUUCACCCAUUAUAAUUUCCACCAGUGCUAAACAGAAAUCCAGCACUGAUGUACCCUUCCCGGCCAUAACAAUUUGUAAUCUAAACCAGGCCCAGAAAAGUAAAGUGCAGUUUGUAGCCCGAACUAGUUCGAAUUAUUCUUUAUUGAUGAGCUUAUGCGAUCAGGCUUCUAGUGAUUUGGCCAUGACUUAUGUGGGUACUUGGAAGUAUUUUAAAGCCAUAUUAAUAGAGGUGGCCCAACCUUGUGAUGACAUGCUAUUGUAUUGCAGUUUUGGUUCACAGAUAGAAAACUGCUCAAUGAUUUUUAAUACAGUUUUAACUGAUGAUGGUCUGUGCUGUACGUUUAAUGCUUUGGAUCCGAAAUAUCUUUUAAGGAAUUAUAGUGAAGAAAAUCUUUUAAUGCCGGCAAUUGACAAUCAUUAUCAGGCCAUAGAUUGGACUCCAGAGAGAGGAUAUCCUAAACGUUUGCCGCCACAUUAUUAUCCACGAGUUUCAGGUGGUACAGGAACUCGUAUGGGCUUGACGGUUAUAUUAAAUGUCUCCUCGGAUGAGUACUAUUGCAGUAAAACUAAAUGUGUGGGAUUUAAGAUUUUGGUCCACAAUCCUGCCGAAUUACCCAAAAUAAGCAAUUAUGGUUUUCUAAUGACCGCCGGUAGAGAGGCUCGCAUACCCAUUGAACCCAUAUAUCAGGAUGCUGUGGAAAGCAUUAGGUCCAUAAGAAAAAAUGUACGCAGGUGUCUGUUUUCCGAUGAGGGCGAUUUAACAUACUAUAGUACAUAUUCACGUAAAAACUGUGAACUAGAGUGUGAAGCCCGCAUUCUAAUGGAAAAAUGUUCGUGUGUUCUUUACUAUUUGCCGCGCUUUAAUCCGGAUGUUUCGAUUUGUGGACCCAAUGAUAAUUUCUGCACCAAUCAAGUACAAUCGGAAAUUGAAUCAUCGAAUAAGAGUGCAUCCUGUGACAGUUGUCUGCCGGGUUGUUUUGAGCUCAACUACCAGACUACCUUAACAGCAUCGACCAUGAUCUCGGGAAAUUUUAGAACGUCUGAUGAUUUUCCAGCCGAAAUUUUUAAUGCCAGUGAAAAGAUUAGCGAUUUAUCGAUAAUGCAUUUCUAUUAUACCUCAAAUAUAUUUAGGAGUACAACGAAAUCGGAAAUGUUUGGUUUUACGGAAUUUUUAUCUAAUACUGGUGGCCUUUUGGGUUUGUUUAUGGGUUUUAGUAUAUUUUCCAUAAUCGAGAUUAUAUAUUACAUCACGGUAAGACCCUAUUGUGCAGCUAGGACUGUUGAACUUGAAAAGAAACGUAAAGAAGAUGAGAUAAAAUGGUUAAUGAAAAAUUCCCUUAGAAAUGAUGGCUCAACGUUAAAUAUUAAGAGAAAAUCUUGGUUUAAGAGAUCAAAGAAAUCCAAUAGAAAAUAUAAACAUAAUUUACGCAAUAUCUUUUUGACUCCAGCUAGUUUACAAAAAGAUGAUAUUCAAGUUUAUCCAUAUGUUGAAUAA